AUGAAGGGGCUUGGUAAAGCAAAAAAGGCUGUUUCCAAAACUGAAGCCGGUAUAAAAACGAAAAAGAUCGCAAAAAAAGAAAAAAACCAACCAUCGGAAGGCGCGCUGAAGUUGAAAGAAUUAGUAGACCGUGCGACUAAGACAGCCACCAAAACUAAACAAUCGGUAUCACCUAAAGAUAGUUCAACAACCAAAACCAGCGCAUCCCAACCCGUCGAAGUAGACAACAUCGCUACUGGGCUACCGGAACAAGAAACCAAGCCUAAGGUCAAGCCUCGUCUUACAAAGAAAAAGGGUAAAAUUGAUCCGAAGGACUAUAUUGGUAUGUUGAAAGCCACAGGAGAACUACAUAGCCAAUCAGACCAUCCAAACGUCGUAUUUGUAGGCAACGUGCCGCUAUCUCUCGAUAAGGCUCAGCUAAUCAAAAGACUUGGAAUUGACCCACGGAUAGUCAAAUCGAUACAUUUCAGAUCACUACCCGUCGAAAGCAAGUUUGCAAUGAACAAAAGGGUUGGAAUUAUACGUGGACGACUAACCGAUGCAAAAUCAAGCCAAAAUGCAUACGUCACCCUAGUAGAUGAAAAAUAUGUCGAAGAACUGCUCCAAAAAAAUACAAUGGAGAUUGAUGGACACUAUCUCUUCAUCAACAAAACACCUCCAUCGUCAUUCAGCAAAUUUAAUCGCAAAAAAACAAUCUUCGUAGGGAGAUUGCCAAAGGAUACCACUGAAAACGAACUAUUUGACGUAUUUUCCAAUAUAAGUCCAGUAAAAGGUAGGUAA